UGAGUCUUCCUUCGCAUCACCAAUAGUUGUCGUACGGAAAAAGAAUGGAGAUGUACGCCUCUGCGUGGAUUAUAGGAAACUAAAUAUGCAAACGAUCCGGGAUGUAUAUGCACUUCCAAAUUUGGAGGAGUCAUUCUCAGCACUUGCAGGAUCACAGUGGUUUUCUGUGAUGGAUUUGAAGUCCGGAUAUUAUCAGGUAGAAAUGGAAGAGGAAGAUAAGUCCAAAACAGCCUUCACUUGCCCAUUAGGUUUUUGGGAGUUUAAUCGGAUGCCUCAAGGCAUUACAAAUGCUCCCAGCACUUUCCAACGCCUUAUGGAAAGAUGUAUGGGAGACAUUCAUUUGAAAGAAGUUCUCGUUUUCUUGGACGAUUUAAUCGUUUAUUCUGACACAUUGGAAGAGCAUGAAAGUAGGCUCGUCAAUGUGUUAGGACGUCUCAGAGAGUAUGGACUGAAAUUGUCUCUUGACAAAUGUAAAUUCUUCCAGACUGAGGUACGUUACUUGGGACACAUUGUGUCAAGAGAAGGUGUUAAAACAGAUCCUGAAAAAAUUAGAGCACUAAAGACCUGGCCGAGACCCCAAAAUUUAAAGGAACUAAAGUCUUUCCUUGGAUUUUCAGGAUAUUACAGACGUUUCAUUAAAGACUACUCAAAGUUCGUCAAACCACUGACCAACCUCACAGCUGGUUACCCGCCUCAGCACAAGGGGAUUAAGGUAGCUACUGGUGGCCAGUACUUUAAUACCAAAGAGCCUUUUAAUGAGCGUUGGAGCCAAGAGUGUCAGGAAGUGUUUAAGACCAUUAUUGACAGGUUAACUUCUGCUCCCAUUCUUGGCUUUGCUGACUCCAAGUUACCUUACACUUUGCACACAGAUGCUAGCACUACUGGGUUGGGCGCAGCAUUGUACCAGGAGCAGGAUGGCCAAACCCAUGUAAUUGCUUAUGCAAGCAGAGGGUUAAGUCACAGCGAAUCAAGGUACCCAGCCCAUAAGCUUGAAUUUUUAGCCCUUAAAUGGGCUAUUGUGGAAAAGUUUCAUGACUAUCUGUAAGGGAGUCAGUUUACAGUAGUCCAUGAUAAUAAUCCACUGACUUACCUACUCACAACAUCCAAGUUGGACGCAGCCACCUAUCGCUGGUUAGCUGCUUUGUCAACUUUUACUUUUAACAUCAAGUACAGGGCAGGCAAACACAACAUGGAUGCUGAUGGUUUAUCCAGAAGACCUCAUGAUGUGUUGGAGGACAAUGGUAUAUCGGAAAGUGAGAGUCAACAAAUCCAGAAAUUGACCUCGCAUCUCUUGACGUCAUCUAGUCCACUGAGAGAAAUCGUUAAAGAGACAGUUGAAGCGACAUGUCAAAAGCAUUUUGUUAGCAAAAACUGUGAGCAAGAUUCUUACCUUGGCUAUGUUGAAUCCUUAUCAAUGUCAUCAGCGGUCCCAGCUAGUUUUGAGGAACAGGACAUUGAGUGUGGUGUUUCACUUCUGCAAAAGUAUAGUCAAGCAGAUCUCAGGAAGCUGCAAAUAGAGGAUCCUAUCAUUAGUCAACUUAUAGAGCUCCUAGAGUCUGAAAAAAGAACAUCUACCAGCUUAAAAGGUAACAAUCCUGAUCUCCAAUUGAUGCUGCGAGAGUGGGACCGUUUUUGGCUGAGAAAUGAUCUCCUGUUUAGAACACGGAUUAGUGAUGGCCAGACAGUUUUCCAGUUAGUGCUGCCUGAAGUAAUUCGACCUAUGGUACUCCAGAAACUGCAUGAUGACAUGGGCCAUUUGGGGAUUGAACGGACUCUUGAUCUUGUCAGGUCCAGAUUUUAUUGGCCUAGAAUGUCUCUGGAAGUUGAGAGGAAAAUUAAAACUUGUGAAAGGUGUGUCAGAAGGAAAGCUCAACCUAAUAAGGCAGCCCCUCUUGUCAACAUAUGCACCACCAGACCCAUGGAACUGGUGUGCAUGGAUUUUUUAUCAUUGGAACCGGAUAGUCGGAACACAAAAGAUAUUCUUGUCAUCACAGAUCACUUUACAAAAUAUGCAGUGGCCAUUCCAACAAAGGAUCAGAAAGCUGUUACAGUUGCCAAGUGUCUGUGGGACCAUUUCCUGACUCACUAUGGAUUUCCUGAGCGACUCCAUAGUGACCAGGGCAGGGAUUUUGAAUCUCAUGUUAUAAAGGAGCUAUGCACCCUCACAAACAUUCGUAAGGUGAGAACAAGUCCUUACCAUCCAAGGGGAAACCCUGUAGAGCGAUUCAAUCGCACCCUCUUGAGUAUGUUGGGUACCCUGCAAGACAAGGAUAAAACUCACUGGCGUGAUUAUGUGAAACCAUUAUCCCAUGCUUAUAAUUGUACAAAGAAUGAGGUUACUGGGUUCUCACCUUAUGAACUAAUGUUUGGUGGACAGCCAAGACUUCCAGUUGACAUUGCCUUUGGGUUACCAGUCAGGGAUUGUAAAACUUCCUCUCAUUCUCAAUACGUGAAGAAUCUGAAAGCCAGGUUAGAGCACAGCUAUAAAAUCGCAAUUCAGAAUGCAAAGAAAGUAGCUGAAAAGAACAAAAAACUCUUUGAUAAGGUUAUCCGAGAAUCCACCUUGGAGGUAGGCGACAGAGUUUUAGUAAGGAACUUUCGCUUGCGUAACAAACAUAAACUUGCUGACCGGUGGGAAUCUACUAUUUACAUUGUGACCAAACAAAUGGGAGACCUGCCUGUGUACUCCGUUAAACCUGAGAGUGCUGAUGAACCGGUACGUACGUUACACCGUGAUCACCUGCUUCCUUGUGGCUUUCUUGCUGAAAUGGAAGAGACAGAGAAUGUAAUCGUUACAGCUAAGAAGCCAAGUACGAGGCAAGAGCGUGUUCAUUCUGACAAACCUGAUUCAGAAGAUGAAGAAGAUUACUGGCAAAAUAUUUCCAUUACACCAACUCCUGCUAGAGAGAGGAUUGGUGGGAUAAUGUGAAGUACCCAGGAAUCAUACUGUCCCAAAUCAGUCUGUUGAAAAGGAUUGGCUGAAAGGAAUUCCACUCCAGCCUGUCCCACGCUCGAUUACAAAAGAACAACCUUUUCCUGCAAAAAAUGUUGUGGAAAGUCAAUGUAAUGAUACGGUUAGUGGUGGAGCUGAAUAUUUGAGUAACUUCCCUUCGGACAGAGUUGAUGAGGGAGAUUCACUUGAGACAUCUGUGAGUAGAGGAACUUAGAAUUUACCUGAACUUCUAAUUGAGCUAGAGAUGCCAGUACAACACAGUCAUCUCGACACUAGUGUUAAUGAACAAACAUCUGAAGUGAUGGAACCUGAAAAUAAUGCUGAAAUACCUCCAAAUGAACCAUCAAGUGAAUGUUCUGUGCGCAGUUCUGAAAGAAUCCGUAAAAGUCCAGGAUUAUUUCAUUACCCAACCUUAGGGAAACCUAUAAUCUCAUUCGCACAGACUUUGCUGGAAGGAUUUAAUCAAGCAGUAAUUGAAACCUUGCUGGAAACACAGGAUGGUACAUUAAGCAACCCUAUGAUCUCAAACUGUGAUGUUGUUUAACAACAUGAAGAGACUCAUGCUGUUUCAGAGGGGGAGGAUGUAACCCCCAUAAGAAGUUCUAAUAGGAAUGUAACUUUUAUCAUUUCUAAGGUUAAUCAUUUAUUAUAUUAUAUUAUAUUAUAUUAUAUUAUAUUGUCACUUAUUAUAUUCCUCCAAUCAUAAUUCUGCAUAAAACCUGAAUUUAGAAAAUCUGCCUAGCAAUUGUUGAGCAGUCCUGAACAGGUAUUUAUGAUUGGUUAAAUAUUUCAAGCUCCGCCCUGCUAUAUACACAGAAUGGGUGUGAGAGAGUGCAGCCGGAGAUUGAGAGGAAGAUUAUGAGCCGUGAACAAUUAAGCUGCUUAAACUUAGCGAAAUUGUCAUUGUUAUUGGUUAAAAUAGUCGAAAAGGAGCAUAGGCACAAGAAAGAGGUGCAGAAGAAUCUUUAUCUGCAUUUUUGUUUUUUUUUGUUUUUGGUAAUGAAAAAACAUUCAUUGAAUCUCGGCCAGGUUUUUGGUUUUUCCCUUGAAUUCUCUCUUCUGGAUAGAAGAUGGUGAGCCACCCAGCUUGAAUUUGGUGAUCUUCAAUUGAUUUGUGCACUCAUGCCUUUUAAUCCAGCACUUUGGUAGGACUGUAUAAUCACAACCUAUGGAUCUCUCCUUCUAGAACUUUGCUUGAUAUUGAACCUAAAGGAACUUUACUUCCUGUGAAUUUGAACACUAAUCUGAGCUCAGCAACGUGAACUGAAUGGACAGAACUGGUGAUCUUUAAUUCAUCAAGUAAUACACGUACACUGAUAACGCACACACACAUUUGUUGUUGUAUUUUUUAUUGUUGUUUAAAUAAUACAAGUUAUCAUUCUGUAUACAAGUUAUUGUGGUUUCUGAUUUCAUUUCAUUUACUGUUGUUUUUUGAUUUUGGGUUUACAGACUAUACUAUAUUAUUAUUCAACCGAACCUAAUGUGUACUUACCAUACCAGGGUUACAUGUGACAUAUUAUACCCAAAGAAUCUUCAUACCGUGAACUACUAGUGAAAUAGAUAGAUAUAAAUGUCUUAUCUAUCUAUCUAUAUGUAAAAUUGGAAACAAAAAUUAUUCAGCAUCUUAUAAAGCACCAUCAUGCAUUGUUUUUUUUUUUUUUUUUUUUUUUUUCUGAAUUGCUAAUGCAACCUUUUCACACCACAGUCUGAACAAAAUGAAGCAUUGCUUGGGAAUUGGUCAACAAAGUAUUGAUGGUAGUGUAAAUAUUGUCAUAAUAACAGUUGUCUGUAGUUUUGGUUUUUUGUAAUCCAUUACGUACAAUCUAUCAAAGUUAUGACAUUAUCAAGACAAAUUUGAUCUGACAGAGUUUAACUCUAAAUUCUUGUCAUAUUUUAUAACCAUUUUUGAAGCAAUAGCAAAUAAACUAUAAUAAUGUGAGAAAUGUUCAAGGUGUCUGAAGAAAUUUUGGUUUGAUUGUAUAUUUAAUUUUUUACAUUGAAGACUAUCCAGUGCUAUUUUACAUUUCAUUAUUUGGUUUCUGUACCUGGACACCUACAAACUUGAAAAAAACGUAAACAUUGUGUAAAUAGCAAAAAUAAAUAAAAAUGAACGAACAUACAAAUUAAAUAAUUUCAAACAGGGCCCACUGGUACAACCAUCACCGGGUCCCCGCUGACCCCAGCUACGUCCCUGACUGUGGGUGUUGAAUACUGUGACCAAACCCCAAUAACACUUGUUAUUUUGGAAAGUAAUGCCAUAACAUAAUUGUUAAUUUACAAUGUUACUUUACAAUGUUACAAUUGUUAAGUGUUCCUGUGUU